CCAGCCAGUGCGUCAAAAAUCAAAACGCGAUUCGCGCGCUUCGCCUCAUCCUGUCAAUAUUUGACAGCUGUUUGAACUUAGAAAAAUAAAAAACAAAAUUGUUUUUAAAAUUGCGUACCCGUUUUUUGUCUUUUUAGUAGUGUUGUGUGAUUUUGGAUAGUGUUUUUUUUUAAUGGUGCGCCUUUAGAAUAAAAAAUGUUGAUUAGAUAAUGGGAUAGUGAUGUGUACCUAUAAAACAGUGAUUUAAUCUAACGGAGAUCAGUGGAUUAUCGAUAUCGAAACAUUUUUUAUUGAAAUAGGUUCCGAUGUCUAGUUAUGGCAGCAUAUCACCUUCAGACGAAGGUAUCGACCGGUACGAACCUCCCUUCUACUGUCCACCCUCACUCCAGGGCAGCCCAAUGGACGGAGGCGUGUACUGGCCAGCGUCCAACACAGAGGGUCCAGAGUUCGAUGCCCAGGACAUGUAUCAGGACGCUUCUCAUUACAUCAGCAGAGGAUAUGGUUACGAAGACAUACAUGUUAACAACGAACCCUACGACAGCUACCACCCCAUGCACCACGGAUAUCCUCAAAAUGGUGGUGGUCUAGAUUGUGAGAUGCAACCAGUUCCAAUCCGCUACGACAGACCAGCGCCCUCCUUCGUCCGGGUGGUCAAAAGACGAACUACAGCCAACAAGAAGGAGAGGAGACGAACGCAGAGUAUCAACACGGCUUUCUCUGAUCUCCGAGAGUGCAUCCCUAACGUGCCUCCUGACACUAAACUCUCUAAGAUGGUGCGAAAGAGAUCGCAGAGCAUCAAUACUGCCUUCUCAAGUCUCCGUCAGCGAAUACCUAACGUCCUACCCGACACUAAAAUGACGAAGAUAAAAACGCUACGGCUUGCGACGUCCUACAUAUCCUACCUACUGAAGGUUUUGGAGACUGACGGAGAACCAGCUGGCGGUUUCAGAGCUGAUUUACAUCAUACAACUACUAGAAGACGAACAGCUGAUCCUAGUUCACAAGGGUUGAAUCCAUCAUCAGAAAAGCGAGGUAAAGGGAGAACCGGCUGGCCACAGCACGUGUGGGCGCUCGAGUUGAAGACUGAACAGAAUCUACAGUCCUAAAUGUAUAAAUCUAAACGCUAAUAUUGUAAUUUAUUUAAAUUUGUAUCAAAUAUCUGAUAUAAUUGAUAUCCUAAAAUAAUUAUCUGAAAAAACUUACCAAAGUUUUUAUUUUAUGUAAAUAAAUAUUUAUAAUUUACUUUGAUUUAUUUUACUAUUGACGUUCGUUAAUCAUUAGUUUAGACUGAAUGAAAUGUAACGGUAUUAGGUAUAUACAGGGUCACUGGUAUCAAACGCAAAACCUCCUAAAGACUACUUGGUUACAUCAAAACAAGCAGCUUUUAUUCUACGACUUUUCGUGAUUCGUAAUUUUUGUUUUUCAUAUAAAA